UACUGUGCUUUUCCGGUUUAAACAUGUGGAAUGGCUGGUUGAGGUUGAACUAAAAACGCAUUGCAAGACAUUUGCAAAAUAUAGAAACCUUUAUAAAAUUAAGUGGAAACGGGUUUGCCAUCAUGGGCAAAUUGAACGUCGUUAUCCUGAGGUAUCUGUCCAGAGAUGAUUUUAGAGUUCUCACAGCGGUGGAAAUGGGCAUGAAGAAUCACGAAAUCGUCCCAGUGAAUCUGAUUGCAUCCAUUGCCAGUCUCAAACAUGGAGGAUGCAACAAGGUUUUGCGGGAGCUGGUGAAACACAAACUGCUGGCCUAUGAGCGCAGCAAAGCUGUGCAGGGGUAUCGCCUGAAUUACGGCGGCUAUGAUUACCUGGCAUUGAAGACACUUUCAUCCAGGGAUGUUAUUUUGUCUGUUGGAAACCAGAUGGGAGUUGGCAAAGAGUCAGACAUUUACAUUGUUGCAAAUGCAGAGGGGGAGCAGUUUGCUAUGAAACUUCACAGACUGGGUAGGACAUCCUUCAGAAACUUGAAGAAUAAGAGAGAUUACCACAAGCACAGACACAAUAUGUCAUGGCUGUACCUGUCCCGGCUCUCUGCCAUGAAAGAGUAUGCAUACAUGAAGGCAUUAUAUGACCGAGGGUUUCCGGUUCCAAAGCCAGUAGACUACAACAGACAUGCAGUGGUUAUGGAGUUUAUUAAUGGUUACCCGCUGUGUCAGAUUCGACAGAUUCAAGACUCUGCUACACUGUACAGUGAAAUCAUGGAGCUAAUAAUCAAACUUGCCAAUCAUGGCCUGAUCCACGGAGACUUCAAUGAAUUUAACCUCAUGCUCGAUGACAACGACCACGUCACAAUGAUUGACUUCCCUCAGAUGGUCUCCACCUCCCAUAUAAAUGCUGAAUGGUACUUCGAUCGAGACGUCAAAUGUGUUCGAGAUUUCUUCAUCAGGAGAUUCAACUACGAAAGUGAACUCUAUCCAACAUUCAAAGAUAUCAGAAAAGCAUGUUCACUCGAUGUGGAGAUCUCAGCUAGUGGCUACACCAAGGAGCUGCAGCAGGAUGACAGUUUGCUUCACCCUGAAGGUCCAGAGGGUGAGGGACUCAGUGGAGAUGAAGAUGAUGACAUCUCAGAGUCAGAUGAUGACACACAUCAGGCAGCCUCAGAGGACGUUAUCUGCAUGGAGGAGUAUAAACAUGCCAUGCUUGAGCUGGAAGGGCUAAAAAUUAGCAAGGAGACUCCAUCAGAAGAGAACGACACAGAGGAACACGAGGGAGCUCGAUGUCAAGAGGAGAUCCCCGCAGAGGACAUUCAGAAAGAGACUGUUUCUGACAUUUCCAAAGACUUGGGAAGGGAUGAGGUGGAAGAUGAGUGUCCUGAUUUAGUUGACCUUUCUGCAUGCAACAAAGAAUUCAGGCCUUUCAGAGACCAAUUGAGCCUUGAGAACGAGCACAGGAGGAGAACAACCAGUGAAAUGAGCAUUGGAAGUGUUGGCAGUUGUUCAACAAUUCCACCAGAGGUCAUCAGGCAGAAAGUGAAGAGACAGCUCAACAAACAGCAGAAGGCUGCUCAGAGAAGACGUCUGCAGAAGGGUGAGGCCAACCUGGUGACCAAGGAGAGGAGAGAGAAUCAGAACAACAUCAAGGGCAGUUUGGAUGCUGAUCAAUUCUGGGGCUGAGGAUGGAAGAGAUUAC